AUGGCGGAAGAAGGACCGCAAUCGAUCUGGCAGAAGAUCGACAACACCGUCAUACCUUUCGUUAAUUUGCAGGUGAGAGAAGUUAGGGAAGUACUAUGGGACAAGAUCAAAGAACCGACCUCCCAGAGAAAGAUCAUCUUAGUAAUAGUGUCUAUAGCCUUGCUCCUAGAUAACAUGCUGUACAUGGUAAUAGUACCUAUCAUACCGGACUAUUUGAGGUACAUCGGUGCAUGGGGGGAAGCAGGAUUCGAUCAUGUCGUAACUCUCGCACCAAUACAAGAAGGCAACAGAACGAUUAUACCAACUAAAAUAAUUCCCGCUUCACAUGAAGGGCAGGACUCAGCUACAGGACUACUCUUUGCUUCCAAAGCUAUAGUACAACUGAUGAUUAACCCCUUCUCUGGUGCCUUAAUCGAUCGUAUAGGGUAUGAUAUACCGAUGAUGAUCGGACUGAUUAUUAUGUUUCUAUCAACAUCGAUCUUUGCUUGUGGAAGGAGUUAUGGUAUGCUUUUCUUCGCUCGAAGUCUCCAGGGUGUUGGAUCCGCUUUUGCCGACACAUCAGGGCUAGCUAUGAUAGCUGAUCGAUUUACAGAAGAGUCAGAGCGAUCAAAGGCUCUCGGGAUCGCAUUAGCAUUUAUCAGCUUUGGUUGUCUCGUAGCACCACCAUUUGGAGGCGCUUUAUAUCAAUUUGCCGGAAAAGAAGUUCCAUUUCUUAUUUUAGCCCUAAUUUCAUUAUUGGAUGGAUUCAUGCUUCUCUUGGUAAUGAAGCCAUUAAAAACGCAAAUAAAAGAAGCACAGCAGCCAAAACCAGAUGGUACGCCUAUAUGGAAGUUACUAAUGGACCCUUACAUUGCGGUGUGUGCAGGAGCUCUCAUGAUGUCAAACGUUGCAUUGGCAUUUUUAGAACCUACAAUAUCCUUCUGGAUGGAAGAUCACCUCACAAAAGAUAAUUGGAAAAUUGGAAUGAUAUGGCUACCUGCAUUCUUUCCUCAUGUACUUGGUGUUAUAAUAACAGUAAAAAUGGCAAAACAAUAUCCUCAACACCAGUGGUUGAUGGCUGCUGGAGGAUUGGCGCUAGAAGGACUUUGUUGUUUCAUCAUACCUUUCGCAACCUCUUACAAAAUGUUGAUGAUACCUAUUUGUGGGAUCUGCUUUGGUAUAGCAUUGAUUGACACUGCGCUUCUGCCUACUCUUGGAUAUCUGGUUGAUGUCAGAUAUGUAUCUGUAUAUGGGAGCAUAUAUGCUAUCGCUGAUAUAUCUUAUUCAUUUGCUUAUGCUGUGGGACCGAUAAUCGCCGGUGAAGUUGUCGAAGCAAUCGGCUUUACUGCAUUAAAUCUAUUUAUUGCGUUCAGUAAUCUUCUCUAUGCUCCCGUACUGAUGUACUUAAGACAUAUUUACGAUUUCAAGCCAUUCGAAAAUGAGGCUAAUAUCUUAAUGGCUGAUCCACCUGAGAAAGAGUAUCAGACGUACAGCAUGCAAGACCAAAGACCGGUAAAUGGGGAGUACAAGAAUCAUCUUGAAUACUCAAACGUGCAAGGGCAGGAUAACGUGGAAGAGUCAAAUGUGGAUAGUUCGAGGGACUACCAGCAGGGUUAUCAAAACUAUUCACAGGGAUACGAGCAACAAGCUUACCAGCAGGAGAACUACAGCCAACCACGCCAGCUACCUGCGCAGCCGCAAGCUCCAGCCAGUAACCCUUUUAGGGGGGCGGAGGCCGCACCCGCGGGCCCUACAGCUGCACCUGUAAAGAACCCCUUCCGGCAAGGCUUCUAG